CAUUCAUCUAUUGUUAUCAAACUCAAACUGAAAUUCCAUAUCACUCUGAUUAUAAGGACCAAGGAACCCAAUUGCCUGGUCUGUAAUCUGUGUGCUCAUGACUAAGAAAACCCCAUUGGUCAAUAGAUUAAGGUUCUUCUGAAACAUACUGAAUAUUGAAAGCUGGGACUUAAAUCUGCCAGACCAUGUUAACUAUCAACUUCUUCGGUUUUACAUCCAAGAAAAAAGUUCAUCAACAUCAGCAACCACAGGGUGGAACUUGACUUUCAGUUGAAAAUGGAAUUCAUUCCUGAAGAAAGAAAACACUUCCGUGCGGAAUCCUCCACUCUAAUCCUGCCAGCGUUGUCGAUUGGAAAUGUGGGACAGCUAGCGGUGGAUCUUUUAGUUGCGUCGACAAAGGCAGAGAGAGUCGGGUAUUUGGACACUCCCUUUAUCCUUCCAUGUGUUGGCAACGAUGCAUAUGGGCCUGUUCCUCAAGGAGAGCUUGCUCUCCCUCUUGAAGCUUAUGACUCCUCUUCUAAUGCAAUGUCUUUAAUCCAACAAAGAUCACCUGUUGUUAAGGGGAUGAUGAUUGAAUUUGCUAAGAACUUGGCUGAUUAUGUUGCUGCCAGCGGAAAGAAGCAUGUCAUUGUGCUUUCAAGCUUAGACUUUGGGAGGUGGCAGAGAAUUGAUAUGUCAAGUGGUUCACAGAUGCAUUAUCUGUCUAGCACCAAUGCUGAUGGAACAGAUGAUUACUGUGCACAACUUGGGUGGAAAAGACUUCAGGAUUAUAACCCAAAUCAGAGGUCUUGGAAGUAUCUUAGCACAUUAGCUGAAGGCAAUGCCAUGCCAGAGGACAGCUUGCCCUUUGAAGGUGAAUUUGAAGAAGAAGAAUAUUAUUAUCCAAGCUUGCCUUUCGCGGCACUGUUUUCUUGCUUCAAGGCUAAGGGAUUGAAGGUCACCUGCUUACUAUGCUACUGCUCUGAAGGAGAUAACACACCUGAUGCUUUCCAUUUGGCCGAGGCAGCAUGCAAACUUCAGGGCAACAGUAAUGAUAAAUGGCUUAUUCCAAUUUCUUGGAAGACUGUGUAUGGACCUCCAGUAGAUAUGUCUUUAUUUUAGGCGGAAAAUAGGAUUCCUUUGAUCUGACAAUCGGAGGCAAGAGACCUGCAAGGAUUAUUUGUACCUCCUUUUCACCGAGGCUGCUAACAAAUGGUUAUUCCAACAAAUUAUGAAUGGCUCGAUUUUUGAUCUACCAGACCCUCUGGAAAUCGCUUGUCAAACAAGAUAUACUGUCACGUUUUAAUUAGUAGACAUCAGCUUUGGUUUUUUCUUCCUCUCUUAUGUUUUGUGUGGGUUUUGAUGCCUUUGCGAGAAAAUUUAACACAGGUCAGUUGUACCAAGUGUGAUACGCCCUGCAGUCGGAAAAAAAAAGGCAAUUUGCCUGACCAAUCAAUGUCAUACAAGGAGUGUUUCGGGUAUUUCCAUUUGGAAAAAGUAUGGAUGUUUUGAAAGAGAAAACGUAAGUAAGGAACUUGACUGGUUAUUGUGGUACUGUGUUGCCACCAAACACGCUUCUACUGCAAUUUGUAACAAGAUUUUUUGUAUGACAGAGAAGAAUACGAAGUUUAAUGCCAGGACAAGUCAUGUGAUUGUAAGCAAUGGCACACAUUGCAUUUUGGUUAAGUUCAAAAAUUUCA